GUUUGGACGGGCGGAGUGUCGCCGCCCGCCGAGCGGGCAGCGGGCGCGCAGGUCCCGCGGCAGUGCUCGCGGGUCUGCGAGGGUUAGCCAGGGCGCGGAGCCCGGGAGGGCUUGGGUGUGCACAGGGCCUGGGUAAGGAGCGGGCGUUGUGCCUUGCUGGAAGCAGGUAACGGUGUGACUGCGCCGGAGACUGGGCCGUGCGCGGGUGCUGAUAGGCGGGUCAGAGGUGAGGCUGGGCAGCCCCGAGCCGUGCUCCUCGGUGUGGAGGAGAUGGCGGUCUGUGUGGAGAGGUUGUCCUGUGGCCGUCUGGUGAGGGGUGGCGUAGACGGUCCGGUAGCAGUGGGGGGUGAGGGCACUCGCGGUAAGAGUCUUAGCUGGGGCUGGGCCAGGCCUGAGCCCGGAGCCGGGAGCUUUGUCCAGGUCUCCCACGUGGGUGGCAGGGCCCGAGCACGUGGGCCUUUUUACAGAAGUUGUGUUUCGCAGUAAUGAGGACAUUGGCCUCGCUUUGUUGCGGCGAGGUCGUGGCAGACGUGCAGCGUGUCCGCGGGGUCACUCACGGAUGCGCCGUGCGGAAGCUGCGGGCUGAGCCCAGAGAGACGAAGUCAUGUUUUGAAGAUGAUGCAGCUGGUAGUGAAUGGUGGCGCUGCUUGACACGCAGGCUUGCGGCUCCAAAACCCUGGUGGCACCUUGUGCUGUGCUGCCUCUCGGGUGAAAUCCCUGUAGAAUGUAGAUUACACAGUAACUAAAAAGAAAGUUCUGUGGCUUGAAAAGUAUUAAUACCUGAUUUUUUUUCCGUAAACGAUCACAAUACUAAAAGAACAGAGGAAACCAUUAAGUACUCCUCUGGGAAAUAAUUUGUUGUGCAUGUCAGUGGAAUUUUGUGGUAGUUCUAUGUCCUCCACAAAAUUGGAAAUUAAAGGUAAUUUGGUGUGAACUGAGGUGUAUGGGCUGGUGCGUGGUAUGGAAACACAGAUUCUGCGUAGUGCUAAGGAUGAUGGAGAGCAGUAUCUGUAGAGUGUCUACCCACUGGGUGUUUUGUGUGGAAUCUUGUGUCUUAGAAUGGAUGAGCCUUGAUAAGGUCUCAGAAUGGAUCAGAGAAUAAGGUGUCCUAUUUUGCGAUAGAUGAAGUGUGGAUAAAAGGGAGCCUUCUUUCCCUAAAGUGAUUGGCAGGAGACCAGGGAUCUUGAAAGAAUUGUUGAGGAUAUGAAACUUACUUGACUUACCUAUGUUUUAGUUUUUGUUACCCUCAGGUGGCUUCCCUAAAACAGUAAGCAAAGUGCUUAAAUACAAAGGAAAAAUAAUAAAAAGGUAUUUGUGUGCUCAUUUGAGGGGGCACAGUAACAAUUAGGAAGGAAUUGGAGCACUUAAGUUUGAGAAUGAAAAGUUCCUCUCUGAAUCUGAGAAAAGACUGACCCGUACCUUGGCCCCAAUUCCAAGCCUUGAACGAGUUGCUACAGAACCCGCUCAGGCCUUGUGCCGUCAGUGACCGCCUCGUCUCAGUGGCUCCGAGCUCGUGAGAUCAGCCAACCCCCGAACACUCCUGCUGCGGAAGGCCGAGCAAUCCUGGUGCUGCGUGCUUUUCUCCCAGCCCGGAACAGGAUUGGCUUUUGCUUGUCAGCCCUCAUCCAGGACAGCUCUGAGACAGGCGGCUCACAGCUAGAGCCCUCCAGAGGUACCUUCUCUCAGUGCUGGUGGGAAGUUCAAGAGGAGGAGCUCUAAGGAAAAUUUCAAAAAUGUUUCAAAUUCCUGUGGAGAAUCUUGACAGCAUUAGAAAGGUGCGGAAGAAGGUGAAAGGCAUUCUUGUGGAUAUCGGACUGGACAGCUGCCAGGAGCUACUGAAGGACCUUAAAGGCUUUGAUCCAGGAGAGAAGUACUUUUAUAACACAUCAUGGGGUGAUGUUUCUCUCUGGGAACCUUCUGGAAAGAAAGCGAGAUACCGAACAAAGCCGUACUGUUGUGGCCUCUGUAAGUACUCCACAAAGGUGCUGACGUCCUUCAGAAACCAUUUGCAUCGCUACCACGAAGACGAGGUCGACCAGGAGCUGGUGAUCCCGUGCCCGAACUGUGUGUUUGCGUCCCAGCCCCGAGUGGUGGGAAAGCACUUCAGAAUGUUUCACGCGCCGGUCCGGAAAGUCCAGAACUACACUGUGAACAUUUUAGGGGAAACCAAGUCAUCAAGGAGCGACGUGAUAAGCUUUACGUGUUUAAAAUGUAACUUUUCCAACACUUUGUACUACAGCAUGAAGAAGCAUGUGCUGGUGGCUCACUUUCACUACCUAAUUAACUCCUACUUUGGCCUGCGGAGUGAGGAGAUGGGCGAGCAACCCAAGAAGGACGACGGGCUUUGUGGGGAGAAGGGGCCGCCCGACAGGUACUACUGUAAGAAGUGCAGUGCCCACGCCAGCAGCCAGGACGCGCUAAUGUACCACAUUCUGACGUCGGAUAUACACAGGGACUUGGAGAACAAGCUUCGCUCUGUGAUCUCAGAGCACAUCAAGAGGACUGGCCUGCUGAAGCAAAUGCACAUCGCUCCCAAGCCAGCCGCGCGCGUGGCCAUCGCCCGGAGCGGCGGUGCGCCCCCUGGCCUCGCGGCCCCGCCUCCUUGCUUUCAUCUCGCCUUGCCGCAGAACAGUCAGAGCCCAGCCGUGGUGCAGCCGGUGACCGUGGCCCCGGGCACUUCUGGGAGCCUUACGCAUUCUCCGCCUGCCGUGGCUCAGUCCCGUGUGACUCUCGUCUCCAGUCCUCUGCCGGUGUGCCAGAGCAACCUCACUCUGCAGCCCUCGGCUCCUCAGCCCGUCUUUCUCUCUCCUGGGGUCCCACUUAGUAAGUCAGGGAAGCCUCCCGUGUUGCCCCUCAGCCAGCCAGUGGGGCCUGCCAGUAAGUCCGUGGGGCCUGGUGUCCUGCCAGUGAACCAGGCUGUCCGCCCUGGAGUCUUGCCCCUUGCCCAGCCUGUUGGGCCUGUUAACAGACCUGCUGGGCCUGGCGUCCUCCCCGUCAACCCUGCUGUCACCCCAGGGGUUCUGCAGGCUGUCUCCCCAGGGGUGAUUUCUGUGAGCCGGGCAGUCCCAUCUGGGGUCCUUCCUGCAGGCCAGAUGAGUCCUGCUGGAGUUAUUCCUGGACAGACGGCCACUUCCGGGGUUCUGCCUCCUGGCCAGAUGGUCCAGUCGGGGGUUCUCCCUGUUGGCCAGACCGCCCCGUCGCGAGUUCUGCCCUCUGCCCAGACAGUGCCGUUGAGGGUUCUCCCUGCGGGCCAGGCGGUGCCACCUGCAUUGCUUUCCCCUAACCAGACGGUCCCCUCAGGUGCUGUCCCUGUGAACCAGGGCGUGGGUUCUGGUGUUCUUCAGCUCGGCCAGCCCGUCGUGUCAGGAGUUGUCCCCGUGGGCCAGCCAGUGCGGCCCGGGGUUCUGCAGCUGAGUCAGCCUGUCGGCACCGGCAUCGUGCCUGUGAACCAGCCGGUGAGAGCCGGCUCGGCCCAGAGCACCACCUUCCUGACCUCAGGCUCCAUUCUUCGGCAGCUCAUCCCCACAGGAAAGCAAGUGAACGGCAUUCCGACCUACACGCUGGCCCCGCUGUCUGUCACUCUGCCUGUGCCCCCUGGGGGCCUCACGACCGUCACCCCGCCACAGAUGCCCAUCCAGCUCCUGCCCUCAGGGGCAGCUGCGCAGACAGCGGGCUCUGUGCCCAGCCUGCCCUCCCCUCCCGUGCUGGUGGGGGCCGCCCAGAGCGUGUUUGUCCAGGCCUCUCCAUCUAUGCCAGACGCAAAUCAGGUGCUCAGACAGGCCAAGCAGUGGAAAACCUGUCCCGUGUGCAAUGAGCUCUUUCCAUCCAACGUCUACCAGGUUCACAUGGAGGUGGCUCAUAAGCACAGCGAGUCCAAGACUGGUCAGAAGAGGGAGCCCGAGAAGCUGGCAGCCUGUGCGCCGUUCCUGAAGUGGACCAGGGAGAAAGUGGUCCGGUGCCUGUCCUGCAAACGCCUGGUUUCGGAGGGCGAGCUCAUCCGUCACUUGCUGACGCACGGCCUGGCCUGCUUGUUCUGUCCCUGCACUUUCCACGACAUCAGAGGCCUCGCAGAGCACAGCAAGACCGUGCACUUGGGCAAGAAGAAGCUGCCCGUGGAUUACAGCAACAAAGGUUUCCAGUUAGAUCUUGACGCCAACGGCAACCUGCUCUUUCCCCACCUUGAUUUCGUCACUGUCCUGCCCAAGGAAGAGCUCGGGGAGCGGGAGGUCUACCUGGCCAUCCUUGCCGGGGUUCACUCCAAGUCCCUGGUGCCCGUCUACGUGAAGGUGAGGCCGCAGACCGAGGGCCUGCCCGGGAACCUCAGCAAGCCGGCCCUGACCUGCCCCUUCUGCUUCGGCACCUUUGGGAGCACAGAAGCCUAUGAGCUGCACCUGAAGGAGAGGCACCACAUCAUGCCCACCGUGCACACCAUCCUCAAGUCUCCAGCCUUCAAGUGCAUCCACUGCUGUGGCGUUUACACUGGAAACAUGACCCUGGCCGCCAUCGCCAUCCACCUGCUGCGCUGUCGCAGUGCGCCCAAGGACAGCAGCUCAGACCUGCAGAUCCAGCCCGAGCUGAUGGAGAACAGCCAGCUGCUCUUAGUCAGCGGGGAGGUGAUCCACGAUUCUGGUUUCCCUGUGAAGAGGAAGCUGCCCGAAGGCCACUCGGGGGCAGACGCCCAGCGGGAUGGGGAGGAGCAGCCCCCCACCCCGAAUGCCGACGCAGCCCCCGCCCCAGAAAAGGCGGCGAGUGUUGUGCCUUUCAAAAGACAAAGGAAUGAAAGCAGGACAGAGGUGCCGGCUGUCGGUGACGACGCGCUUCAGAUUCUGGCGCUGGACCCCAAGAGAUACGAGGACCGCUCCUACGAAAAGAAAAAGCAGUUCCUCAGAGAUUAUUUCCACAAGAGACCGUAUCCCAGUAAAAAGGAGAUAGAACUGCUGUCCUCACUCUUGUGGGUGUGGAAAAUCGAUGUGGCCUCGUUUUUCGGGAAACGAAGAUACGUUUGCAUGAAAGCAAUAAAAAGUCACAAACCCUCUGUACUUUUAGGCUUUGAUAUGUCUGAACUUAAAAAUGUUAAACAUAGACUGAACUUUGAGUAUGAACCAGAAAGCUUGUAAAACAGUCAUUCUGAAGUGCUAGGGGAUAGACUUUCCUACUGAGAUUUGAAUAGGGUGUCCUUCGCUGUGUCGACUUAAUCAGUUCCAGUGGUUGUCAUGCUGCUCCUUAGAUUUAUUUCAGGUGCUCAGAAAGACCUCUGUGUAAGGAAGAGACUAGUUCUUUCAGAUUUGUUUCCUACAGUUUGAUUUGUAAAUUAUUUUGUUUUUUUCUGUCAUGUAAAUUAAAUCUUUUGAUAUUUCAUGCACGCCUUGUUUUCCCAGUAGUGUCAGUAAUCUUAUGACUAAACAACUGAACCCUGCAAACAUUUGGCUUUUUCUUUCCAUUUAAGGAAACUCCAGCUGUUCUCAGAAGCGCGAGUAACGCAGGUUGGGGCGUUGCUCUCCUGAGCGCCGCAGACGGUGCAGGGGGCCGGGGAGACCAGGCACAGACCUGGUGGGUGGUUCCGUGAGGGAUGCUCCGACCGCACUGCCUCAGGCUGGCUUCUCCUUUGUAAGCUACUCACUAGAUUGUAAUUUUGAGUUAUAUUUUUUCAGGUUUGUCCUAAUAGUUUUUUAAAAAUCAUAAUUCAUAGAAAAUCAGAUGUUUGCAUUUGUUAAGAAUACGUUGAAUCUGAAGUCUAGGGUAUAGCUCAUAAAUUGAGCUACUUUAGAAAUGAAGUGGCUGUAGGUGUGGCAGUGCUUCCAGUGUGGACUUGCCCUCGGUGCAGUGACGAGUCAUUGCCCCAGUCACCGGGAGACAGUGGAUCUUUAGUGCCUUUAGAAUAAACAUUGAGAACACAGCACACAAAUUCUUAACCUAAUUGCUCUUAGUGGGGGUGGGCCAGGGUACUCAGGAAGGAAACUUUGCCCCUGAAUGUAGUCACUGAUCCCAGCUGAGAGCAGACGUGGGCUCGUGGGGGACAAGGCCAACAGAGGAGCAAGACCUCAGUCUCCGUGGUUGGCGCCGUGAGUCUGAGGCGGUUUCCGGGGACUAACACUGCUGGGCGGGUGGACGGGCCUUUCUGUAGCCCAGGUGUCCAGGUGAGAGGCUGGGGGGUUGCUAACGAGUCGCCGUCGGCUCUGCCCUUUGGAUGUUAAACCUCGCUUUUUUCCACACAACGUAAAGUGCAACACCAGGACCAGUCACGGGGUCACCAGUUAGCCUGUCUGACCGUCUUCAGGCAGAAGUACCUGGAGGGCGUGGCCUCUUCUGAGUCGCUGCUCUGUGGACUUGGAAAACCACACUCGCACGUGUCUGCUGCAUCGCACGCCUGAGGUGGUCAUGAGGCUGGUCUGUGAUUUUCCGUGUUUUGUAAAUUCAGAAAGAGAGCUUGUUGGCUUUUUUCCUAACCUGUUGUUUCCAGAGUGUCUAUUUUGAAUUAAAAUUUGUUAUACC